AUUUUUAGCUGGGAAAUUACUGAAAACGUGCGCAGAUGUUUAAGGGCGGAUAUAUAAAGAACAAUCCUCCCAAUUUCAUGCAAAUGGACAGAAGCACGUCAGAUCUUUGGUAAGAGUCAGAAGAGUAGAAUCAUCAAGAAAGUCUUAAUUCAGAAUCACCACAAAAAAGCUCUUAACAAUGUCAGCAGCUAAUGGGAAAAUGUACAAUGGUAAUGGAGUUAACCAUGGAAAUGGAACAUCGUUGAUGAUGUCGCAAGAAGAAAAUGGAUCUCUUGCAAAGAAACUUAAAAUGGAAAUCAAGAGUCACAAUCAAUGUGAAGGACUUGAAGGAAAAACAUUUAAAGAUAUGCUGCCAUGGAGUGGUGAAAAUUCAGAAGUUACUGAUGAGUUUAUCCAGAAGACUGUUGAGAUUCUCACGAAUUUUAUUCAUGAAACAUAUAAUAGAGAUUCAAAAGUUAUAGACUUUAGAAGUCCAGAAGAUGUUGUGAAGGAAAUUGACUUUGAGGUGAAGGAUGAUGGGGCAAACUUAAAUGAGCUAUUGAAUGUAUCAAAAAAGGCCCUUGAUUUGAGUGUAAAGACAGGUCAUCCACACUUUUUCAACCAACUUUUUGCGGGACUGGAUAUAACUGGACUUAUGGGACAGUGGAUUGGAACAACUGCCAAUACUUCCAUGUAUACAUAUGAGAUGUCACCUGUGUUUGGAACUAUGGAAAAAUCAGUUCUGAAAAAGAUGUUGGAAAUUGUUGGUUUUAAAAAUGGUGAUGGAAUGCUUUUCCCAGGUGGCUCCAUCUCCAACAUGCAAUCAAUGAACGUUGCCAGAUACAAGUUUAACCCAAACAUCAAGGAAGAGGGUCUGUUUGGAAUGCCAAGGCUAGCACUUUUUGCAUCAGAGGAGGCACAUUACUCCACAAUGAAGGCAGCUGCCACCCUUGGCCUCGGAACCAAAUCUGUAAAGAAGAUAAAAACGGAUGAAAAUGGCAAAAUGAUACUUGAAGAUUUGAGGGCACAAAUCAUCAGCAGCCAAUCGCAGGGAGAAAGACCUUUCUAUGUUUGUGCAACAUCUGGCACAACAGUUGCGGGUGCUUUUGAUCGACUUGAAGAAAUUGCUGAUAUUUGUUCUGAAUUUGGCCUAUGGUUUCAUGUUGAUGCUGCUUGGGGAGGAGGUGCUUUACUUUCAAAAAAAUACAAGCAUCUUCUGAAAGGAAUAGAAAGGGCUGAUUCAGCAACAUGGAAUCCUCAUAAAUUGAUGUCAGUACCAGUCCAAUGCUCUGUGCUUCUUAUUAAGGAACAUGGUCUUCUUCAGCAAUGCAACAAAGCAGGGGCAAAGUAUCUUUUCCAGCAAGACAAAAAAUUAUACAAUGCUGUUUGGGACACAGGAGAUAAAACAUUCCAAUGUGGUAGGCCCAAUGAUGCCUUCAAGCUUUGGCUGAUGUGGAAAGCAAAGGGCACUAGAGGAUUUGAGGCGCAUAUUGACAGAGCAUUUGAUAACUCAAGAUAUCUGGCAGAACAAAUCAAAAGGAGAGAUGGAUUUGAGUUGUUGAUUGAGCCCCAGUGCACCAAUGUUUGCUUUCGGUAUAUUCCACCAAGUCUUACGAACAUGCCAGAUGGACCAGAAAAAAUGCAACGGCUCCACAAGAUACCACCAGAAAUAAAGAAGAGGAUGACUCUGAAAGGAUCAAUGAUGGUCGGAUACCAGCCUCUGAAAGACCAUGUGAAUUUCUUUCGCAUGAUUGUGAUCAGUUCGGUUGUUACUCAUGAGGAUAUGGACUUCGUUCUCGAUGAAAUCGAGAGACUCGGUAAAGAUCUUUAAUUGUAUCUCCAGGCUGGGGAACUGCUGAUAAAAGAGUGCAAACAUUAAUGCAUACUAGAGUGUUCACAUUUUUUAUAAAAAAACAUGACUUGAAUAAUGUUUAAAUUUAUAUGUAAGGGGUUUUUUGUUUUUUGUUAUUAUCGUAUCAGGUGGCCGUUUUAUGGUGUUUACUUGCCCGAAUUUUUUUAUUUAUAAGGCCCCGUGUGCUUAGGGUGUCAGAUCUCAGUGCAAAAAAUGUUAAAUCUCUGUAUUAUAAUUUUGUCUUUGGUAAUGAAUUCCAAAGAGUUAAUGUUGAUUAGAAGGUAUAUAUUUUCUAAUUUUAAUAGACUGAUAAAGGAAGUCAUUUUCGAACGAUAAGUGUCUCGUCCUGUUAUUACAGAAUUUAUCAUUAUGAAUGUAUUACAAAUGUGGAUCUAAAGGAAUUUUAGGGAUAGAACUAUACGUGGCAAAAAUCUGAUUUUCUGGAGGGUUUGUUCGCGGUCUCCAACAAAAUGUCCAUAAUCAUCUAUAUUGUACCAUCUAAAGAUAAAAAAAACUUCAAGCAGCGAAUAAAUUUUUAUAGGGGUUAUUAUGUUAGUUUAAUCUGUCUCAUAAUGCAAACAGUAUUGUUGAAUUUAGUUUGUGUCUUGACGUUGUAUUUCUUAUCUUGCACGAGUAAACAAUGUAUACCAGUGCAUACCAGUCCAUAUAAAUGAAACUGUAAUCUCAAACGAAA